CACUUCACGUAGUCAUGGCAGACGACUACAGGCGACAAGAUUUUGAGUUGGAAAGGAGAAUAUUUGAGCUGGACAACAAAUGUUCAUGUCUCCGAGCUGAAAACCAAGAUGAUGACUAUUUGCAGAAUGCAUCUGCUGUGCUAGAGAAAUUAAAAGGCUUCUACAGAGAAGGAGGAGAAAGCUUUAACAUUUCCAAGCUCCUGCAGGAUUACACAGAGGCGAUACUUGACAUCACUUUUUAUGAAGAGAAUCAACUGGUAGAUCAGGAAUUCCCUGAGGACUCCUCGCCGGUUAAGAUCCAGCAGCUGCUGCAAGACUUGACUGAGCCAGAAGUUUUAGUGGGCAGACUGACACCUGGACAGGAGGUGCAGUGUAUGUUGGGCACAGAGAUGUUGGAGUGCCUCUACUGGAGACGUGGAGCUCUGCUGUACAUGUACUGCCACACCCUUCAUCAGCGAAAGCAAUGGAUAAAGAAAAACAAGGACACAUUCAUAAAGUGUAUUCAGGAAGGCGUUCGAUAUUUGAUGCGAAUGCUACAAGUAAGAAACACAGUGAAGCUCAGCGAUGGGGUGGUUCUUCAUGAAGGCGCUACAGCAAGCAUUUUAUCUGAAGGCAUUUUUUCUGACAUUCACCUUCUGACAAUGAUGUACAUUGGAGAGAUGUGUUUCUGGGCUGUGAAGUAUGAGGACUGCAGCGGUGACUCCACAGAGCACAGAUUAGAUGGCCUUCAGUUUCGGGACAUCGGUACUCAGAUACUGAACAAAUACGUGCAUGCCUGCGAGGGCCCUUUGCAGGGGCAGGGCUGGAAUACGGAAAAUGCCAAGGAAAUCCUUAGUGUUUUACAGUGAAAUAAACUGCUCCUAUGUAAAAGUUACCACCAGGCACAGGUCAGUGUUCAGUUGUGUCAAACCUAAUAAAUAUGGAGCUCCAUGAAAGAGGUGUUGUGUUGUAGAAGGUAAAAGAGGGGAACAUGCAAGUUUAUUUGAAGAAGAGGUCUGGAUUUUCUUACACCCAAAGAAUUUGGGUGUGGAGGGGGCCAGGAGCAUGUGAAUGUGAGUUUAGAAAAUACUGCUGGAGGAAAAACGAAGGUGAUAAAGAGAAGAAGCUCAGCAAUUGUUUCUUUUCUGCUGACUAAGCAGAACUCAUCCUGAAUAGUGCUUGGAGCAGUUGUUUUGCUCUAAAGAUGUUAUAAUUUUAUUAUUAAUAUUCAGAAGGUAUUAUUUAAAUAAAAUGACCAUCUCUAAUUUUAAAGGUUUGUUUCAGAUUUAAAGAUAAUCUGGCAGGAUAUGUAACAUUGCACGUAACAUAUUAUUUAUUGUUUUGUUGCAAUUUUUUGUGUUUAAGGUGUAGUUGUGGUUAAUAUGUGUGUAUAAAAUAUACACAUAAUAGAUAAAACAAGUUGUUUCAGAACCAAUGACCAAUUUUAUGUAUGUUUAGUUGUGUUCAUGCCAUUCUUCUGUUUUCCUAUAUAUAAUGAAAAUAAAUUUUCUUCCACUCCACUUGAAUAAUAUCGGCUGUGUAGCUAUUAAUACAGAGCCUGUUAUUUGAUGAAGAGAAAUCCGUUUUUUAUGUCUUUGUUGACAAUAAAGAUAUGAUUUGUUUUCA